CUCCCCCGGCAUGGUGUGUGUUGCUGUUUGGGGAUAAAGCAGCACGGCGCUGCUCGGUCAUGUGAUUCCUGCCUUUCCCCCUCCUCCUCCUUCCAAGUUGAAAGGCAGGAGCAGAGCGGCGGAGGGGGCCCAGCGCAGACCAGCUUGUCGUGGAUGCAGCCUUUUCUGCCCCCUUCUUUUCCCCCCACCGCACUGACAUUUGUUUCUCGCUCACUUGUUUCUUUUUCCCCCUCCUUAAACGCAUCGCUUCUUUCGCCAUGGCGGGGGCUAUCAUCGAGAACAUGAGCACCAAAAAGUUGGUGAUAGUGGGAGUUACUCUGCUUUUGUUUCAGGCGCUCGCCUUCAUGGUCGGCGGGUUAAUUGCUCCCGGCCCCACCAGUGCAAUCGAAUACCUGGCAACAAAGUGUGUGGACAGAAUCAAGCACCGACAAGAAAGCAAGUGGUUAAUGCCUUGGGGUCCACAACAGUGUGAAAAACUCCAAAACUUCGAGGAGGCCAUGGCAAAGAGGAUCGAAGCUAACAACAUUGUGUUUGCGGUGCACAUUCCUAUGCCCGGCAACGAGAUGAGCCCCUGGUUCCAGUUCAUAUUGGUCAUUCUGCAGCUUGACAUCAUGUUUAAGAUGAACAACCAAAUCGAGGAAGGAGCAGUAGUCACCAUUGAUGUCAGCCUGGCCUACAGAGAUGAUCUCUUUAGCGAGUGGACGGAGAUGGCUCAUUCCUUUGAACAUAGGAACCUAAACUGCAACUUCACUGCUGCCAAGACCAUUGAGAAUGAGGGCCGGCAAUAUGAUUGUGACCCCCUGCCUUUCAUGGAGGUGGGGAGUGUGGCUCAUAAAUACUAUCUCAUCAACAUCCGCCUGCCGGUCAACGAGCGCAAGAAGAUCAACAUUGGGAUUGGGGAGAUCAGAGACAUUCGUCUUGUGGGCAUCCAUCAGAACGGAGGCUUCACUAAGGUUUGGUUUGCCAUGAAGACGUUUCUCACACCCAGCAUCCUCAUCAUAAUGAUCUGGUACUGGAGACGGAUCACCCUCAUGACCAGACCUCCGGUCCUCCUGGAAAAGGUCAUCUUUGCUCUGGGCAUCUCCAUGACAUUCAUCAACAUCCCAGUGGAGUGGUUCUCUGUCGGCUUUAACUGGACCUGGAUGCUUCUUUUUGGAGAUAUCAGACAGGGUAUUUUCUACUCCAUGCUGCUGUCCUUCUGGAUCAUCUUCUGUGGUGAACAUCUCAUGGACCAGUCGGAGAGAAACCGGUUUUCAGUCUACUGGAAGCAAGUUGGACCAAUUGUGUUUGGUUCUUUCUGCCUAUUUAUCUUCGACAUGUGCGAGAGAGGUGUCCAGCUAACAAAUCCCUUCUACAGCAUCUGGGCCUCAGAUAUCGGGACGGAGCUAGCUAUGUCAUUCAUAAUUGUUGCAGGAAUAUGCGCCUGUCUGUACUUCCUCUUCCUGUGUUUCAUGGUGUUUCAAGUCUUCCGUAACAUCAGUGGUAAAAGGACUUCCCUGCCUGCCAUGUCAAAGGCCAGACGCCUGCAUUAUGAGGGUCUGAUUUUCAGGUUCAAAUUCCUCAUGCUGGUCACUUUAACCUGUGCAGCCAUGACCAUCAUCUUCUUCAUCAUCAGCCAGGUGAACGAGGGUCACUGGCACUGGGGGGAUCACACAGUGCAAGUGAACAGCGCCUUCUUCACUGGCAUCUAUGGAAUGUGGAACCUGUACGUCUUUGCCAUCAUGUUCCUGUAUGCGCCUUCUCACAAACGUUACGGAGACGAACAAUCGAAUGGUGAUGGUGGAGCCACCAGUGGAGAGGACAUCCAGCUGACCACCACAAUCACCCAUGCUGAUGGGCCCACGGAGAUCUACAAAAUGACUGGGAAAGAGGCCCAGGAAUAGUUUACACACUGUCCGAGAUGCCCAUCUUCUCCCUACUUUUGUCUUUCAUAGUCCCCCGUCCCUGUGCGUCAACAAUCCACCUGACAGACGGCUGCUCAGUGCUGCACUCUAUCACAAAAUAUGUCCAUAGUCCAUGUAACCUGUAUGUUGGUCCUUUUUAUUUCAUACAUUGUAGUAUUUGUAAAUGUUGCACAUGCCUUUUUAAAUGAAGCCUCAUACUGAGAAGUUGCGUUAGAUGGGGUUUAGAGAGGUUGGAUGUUACGUAAAGCAGCUGUCAAACACUUGUUUUUAGGUUGUUUAAACAGACUUUAAGAGACUGAGUUCACAAAGAAUGACAGGAGAGCGUUCAGCUGUCUUGCUUUAUUAUGUUAUACUUUUUUUUCCCAAGGUCUUGGAUCUGACCAUACAGUACAUCUGUUAUAAUAUAGAUGGUGUAACGUGCUGCUGUCACUACAGUUUUUCUGGAGGGGGGGUUAAUUACUGGGAGAAUGUACACAGGCUACUUUGGUGAAAUCAUAGACAUUCAUGUUACAAGGUAGAUAUUCAUGUUCUUUUAUACAAGUGUUUAUUUUCAGCUUCGCACACUGUAGGCACCAAGCUAAGAAUGUUUGGGAAGUUGACAAUAGCCUUCUACACAAAGAAUUUAGUGUAUCCUUUUUCUUUUGUAUGCUUAUUUAAAUAAAACCUUUUACUCAAUACAU